AAACACGGGGAGUAGAGCUGUGGAAGUAGAACACUGGAACUUGACCAGCAGCAGCAGCGGCAGGUGAGAGGCCAUAUGGAGGAGGAAAUGGCGGAAGCGUUACCGGCUCGAAAGAUGGAAAAGAAGGCGUACGAACAGCUGGAAGAGAGUCGAACUUCAAUGGAGGAGAUCGUAGCGAAGAUGCUGUUUGUAAAGAAGGAAGGGAAACCUAAAUCGGAACUCAGGGAGCUCGUCACUCAGAUGUCUCUCCACUUUGUCAAUCUUCGUCAGAUAAAUCGUUCCAUCUUGCUAGAAGAAGAUCGUGUAAAAGCGGAAACAGAACGUGCCAAACCACCUGUAGACUUUACUACCCUGCAGCUUCACAACUUGUUAUAUGAAAAAAAUCACUAUUUGAAGGCCAUAAAGGCUUGCAAAGAUUUCAAGUCGAAGCAUCCAGAUAUUGAACUUGUACCCGAGGAAGAGUUUUUCAGUAGUGGGCCUGAAGAUAUUAAAGGAACUGUGAUGUCAAAUGACAGUUCUCAUAAUCUCAUGCUACAGAGGCUCAAUUUCGAGCUUUUUCAGCGAAAAGAACUCUGCAAACUUCAUGAGAAACUGGAGCAGCACAAGAAAAAUCUUCUGGAGACCAUUGCAAAUCGCAAGAAGUUCUUGUCAAGUCUCCCUUCACACUUGAAGUCUCUUAAGAAAGCAUCCUUGCCAGUGCAGCAUCAGCUUGGUGUCCUGCAUACAAAGAAAUUGAAGCAGCACCAUUCGGCAGAAUUACUUCCACCUCCUCUCUAUGUGAUUUACUCCCAGUUAUUGGCUCAGAAGGAAGCUUUUGGAGAGAACGUUGAUAUGGAGAUAGUAGGAAGUAUGAAGGAUGCUCAGGCUUUUGCCCACCAGCAGGCAACUAAGGAUGCUGGCACUUCAACGAACACAGACACCUAUAGGUUGGAAGAUGAUGCACCUGAUGAGGAUGAUGAUGGCCAGAGAAGAAGAAAGAGACCGAAGAAGGUUCCUGGCAGGGAGAGCCUGGAACAAGCUGGAAUCUAUCAAUCCCAUCCUCUUAAAAUCAUCCUCCAUAUAUACGAUGAGGAGGUUUCCGAAUCCAAGCCAUCAAAACUGAUCAGUCUUAAGUUUGAAUACUUGCUGAAGUUGAAUGUUGUAUGUGUUGGGAUUGAAGGGUCCCAUGAAGGACCAGAGACAAACAUCUUAUGUAACUUAUUCCCCAAUGACGCUGGCAUUGAGCUUCCUCACCAGUCUGCUAAGCUCAUUGCUGGUGAUGCUGUUACAUUUGAUGAAAAGAGGAUCUCUUGUCCAUAUACAUGGGCCCAACAUUUGGCAGGAAUUGAUUUCUUGCCAGAGGCUUCUCCUCUGCUUACUAGCUCCGAAAUUCCAAGCAGUGAAACAGUUAAAAGUGCUUCAGUUAUUUCUGGCCUGUCUCUUUACCGCCAGCAGAAUCGGGUACAUACAGUUGUGCAGAGAAUUCGCUCUCGGAAAAAGGCUCAGAUGGCUCUUGCGGUACAGCUUGAUUUUUUAAUGAAGCUUAAAUGGCCUCCAUUGACUUAUGAAAAUGUUCCGUGGGCCUCGCAUAAUCCUUUGUGCAAUUUGCAAAGCUGGUCAUCUGUGGGGCCCUCACCUCAUCAGGUUUCUUCUUUGCCUGCUGUUGCUCUGGAACAAGUUGCAGAGCCUUUGGACCUUGAUACCGAGGGAAGAUCUGGCACACUGAGGGAAGAGAUGGAGAGUGCAAGGGAAGAUGGGGAAUUACCAGCUGUUGUUCAGGUUCCAACCAUCAUAAAUGACACUAAGCUCCCAGAUGCUAAGACCCCUGUAUCAAAAGUGACUGAUGUUGAGCAUUCUAGACGCCUGAUUUUGCUUUCCAAGAGUGUUGUUCCUACUUUUAAAAAAACAAAAUCUCUUAGUUUCCAGAAAAUUGACGAGGAUUUAGAACUCACCCUGGAUGAUGAGAGUGAUCUGGAUGAGGCUUCACAGUUUGAGCGAGAGCCAGAAAGUGCAGCUAAUAUUGGAUGCCAUAAGAUGGUUUCAUGGGAGGACUAUGGAGUAAAAGAGUUCUGCUUGGUUUUAAACAGGAAAAUAGGAAAAACUGAGAGGGCUAUAAAUUUAGAAGCCAAGGUCAAGAUCAGCAUGGAAUAUCCUCUAAGGCCUCCUGUUUUUACUCUUGCAUUGUAUAGUGCUCUUCCAGGAGAAAGUUCUUAUGAGAGGAAUGAUUCUGAAUGGUUCAAUGAACUCCGUGCCAUGGAGGCAGAGGUCAAUCUUCACAUUCUUAAGAUGCUGCCUUGUGAUUAUGAAAACAACAUCUUGGCUCAUCAAGUGUGUUGUCUUGUGAUGCUGUUUGACUUCUUCAUGGAUGAGGAAUCCCCAUGUUCUCAAACGAGGAAGGGUACUUCAGUGGUUGAUGUUGGUUUGUGCAAGCCAGUUAGUGGAACAAUGCUUUCUAGAUCUUUUAGAGGAAGAGAUAGAAGGAAGAUGGUCUCUUGGAAAGACGCACAAUGCACUCUUGGCUAUCCUUGUUAGAGCACAGAUCAAGGUGUCCAAAGUUGGCCAUGCCUGCGCCGCUCUUAUGGUUCCAAACUAGAUCAGAUUAAGAUGAUCUUAUAUGAGCCCUAUUUGUCUUAUCCUC